UAUUUUGGUGAUGAUGGUAGGCAGGGGUUAGGAUAGCCUAGCCUACUAUGAGGAGAGAGAGCCGAGCAUGCAGGGUUUGUGGGCGGGGCCUAAACGGUAAUCUCUUAUAUUGAAAACUCGAGCCGGUGGCUGGGAGAAUUUGUAUUUUAUCCUGAAUUUGAACAGUAGCCGCUGUAACCAUCCAUCCACCUCUUGCACCUGGCAAUACACCUGCCGUUACCGACAACACUUGCACGAGACCUCCGGGCUUCACUAACGCUGUAAAGAUGAAGAUUGAGAACAGCCUGCCCCGCCCCCAGCUCCCCGAGAAUCCUCCCCAGACGGGCCUCCAGUUCACCGUGGCGACAGAGGAGGACUUUGAAGAGAUCAUGGCGAUGAGCCAGGACAUCUAUGGAGGGCUGGACUACCUGCCGACCCGCUACACCGCCUGGCUGUCCGAGUCCAACCGCACCGUCAUACUGGCCCGCAAGCAGGGCAAAGUGAUUGCCCUGGAGUCAGUGUGUGUGAUAGAUGACGGUGACACCAUGCUGGUGGAGGGGUUACGUGUGGCCCCCCAGGAGAGGGGGAAGGGCGUGGCAGGGGUGCUUCUGCGGUUCUGCUCUCAGCUGGUCAAGUCCAAGUGGCCUGAGGUGAAGGUGACCAGGCUGACCCGCGACGACCAGCUGGGGCCCAAGGACUUUCAGAAGUACCGCCUCAUCACCAAACAGGGCAUCCUGCUAGUUCGCUUCAAUGCCGAAGACCUCAAGCUCCGGCUCUCUGAACUGGGGCUGCAUGUGACCCUCCCUCCCUCCUCUGAGGGUACCCCCCAGGGUUCUGACACCCCCCUGGUUCCCCCGGUCCUUCUGGACCUCAACGAGGCCCACCAGAUGUUCCUCAACUCUGGCCUGAUGUCCGACGUACUCCCUAACGCUACCAUUGUCCAGGACUGGCAGCCGUUCAAACCCCUACCCAGCAACAUGGCCAUUCUUCUGAAGAAGGACAUCGACUGGAUGGUGGACGACCGUGACGUCCCCUCCGUGGCCAGCCUCUGCACCCACCCCUUCCGGGUGCCCGGAGGUCCUUACCGAGUUGGUGACGACACGUACUACCUCAACAUCGACGUGUUCGGUAAGGACAUAGGCCUGGUGCUCCAGCAGUUCCUGAGUCACCUCCGGCGCCACACAGCCACCCUGAAGGGGUACGUCAUGUGUCAGAUGUUUCUGGAUCCUCCCAUGUGGAAACCCAUGGUCGAAUUCUGUCGCCAGACACUGAAGGUGGAGCUGGUUAAGGAAUAUACAGAGCAGUGCGUGGUCGAGUCGGAUGUCAUGUAGCUGGCAGAAGAGGAAGGAGGAAGAGGAAGAGGAGAAACAAUAUGAAGGAAAAAACAGGAAAAGUUGACAAAUUCAGAAAAUGUUUCAGAGACCCAACGAAUGAACAAACCACAUUCUCUUUAGAAAAUGAAAUGGAAAAGUUCCCAAAGAAACUUCGGAACGAUUAGCAACAAACUCCCUAAGCAAGUCUAUAGUGAAACAACUUAGAAGCAGCAUUAGAUUUGCAAUAUGUUUGAUAUUAAUACUACCGCUAACAAAAAAUAUUUUAGGAAAAAAGGCAGUUAUUCGAAAUACCUUUGACAAAUUAGUUUCAAUUAAUUUCUCCGUCUUUUACCAUUCAGUCAUCGCAAAAAUCGAACUCUUAACAACAGGAGUAACUUUAUGCUAACGUUACUCCUUUAAAAAAAAUAGAAAAUGCAAGCUAGUUUAGGGUAUGUCAUACCAUUUAAUCCUUUUUUUUGUUGUAAAUAUAAAGUAUAAAUAUGUACACAUUCUGAAUUGCAAAUAAGUCUGCACAACUCUUGAGGCACUUUAUUAAAUCAUAUGAGCUGUUGUGCUAAAGUGCAAGUGAUGAAGUGAGGAAUAGAGGAGUUGGUUUACUUUUAGAGAUAACUGAUUUUAACUGAUUCAGAACGCAUCACUCCCAUCCAUAGUAAAGGUAGAAAUCCUUUUUGGACUUAUUCUAUCUAACACCAAACUAAUGCCCAAAUACUGUCGAACAAACAAUAGCCCUUCAGUGAAUCUUACCUAGCAUUUGCACGCUUAUAAUUCACACUAAAUGGCUGAAACGGAACAACUAGAAACACACUUAGCUCAUAACACUAAAACCUGGCCAGUUAACUUUUAAAACUAUUUAGUUGUCUUCGUUGUUUUUUUUAACAGUCACUCAGUUGUUUUGUUUUUAAGCACUUGACCAUAUUGCUAAUUUAUUGCUACUUUUCCACAUGUACUUGAAUGCAUCAGUAGUAUGUAAAGAGGUAAUAUAUUAACAAGCAGAAGCUUUCUGGAGGCUUUCCUAUAACAAUGUGCAAUCUAAGCUCACUCUAUAGUAGAUUGCGAACAGUGUGAAGUAGGUAGAUGUACUACACAGUAUUCCGCAAAGACUCAAACAAUGGAACUAAUAUAGUUGAGAUUGACUUAACAUUAACAACAUUGUUCAGUAGCUAGAGAAAUAUUUCAUCGGUAAACGUCGCCCUCACAAAUAUUAUCUGACAACCUUUGUAAAGGUUGAAUUCUAGUCCCUCAUGGUGGUUGAAAACAUCAACAUAGAUACUACAGUCACUCUAAGACACUUCAUAUCCACUCUACGAAGCUCCAUAGCCACCCUAAGAAGCUUCAUAAGCUUUGGCACGUGGUAAGAGCUCAGCAAAUCUCAAAGGCCUCAUAACCACUCUACAAAGCUUCAUAGCCACUCUACUAAGCUUUAUAAGCUUUUGGCUCUUUGCUCUUGGACGUUCCCUUUAAGAAGUGAUGCUUUUGACAUGACGUAGCACUGAACGAGCCUACAUUGCAACCCCCAAAUUGAGACUGAAGCCAUCUAAAACCACCACAGAAGAGAUACUGGCCAUUCUAUGGACUCUCCAACCUGCCCUCGUUGUAAAAGGGACCUUGUUGUAAGGGAUUAAUUGGACGGCGGAAGAGAAUAUCUUUUUUAAUUUUUUUGGUACACUGACCCUUGUCUGGACACCCCAUCUGUCAUCCUCCUGUCUUUCCGAGACGAAAGGUUAAACGCACUCACACAUGAUGAAUGAGGGAUUGGACUGGAUUGAUAUCGGACGAUAGAUGGACAAGAUGCCUGGAGAAAGUGGAAUGAAGAAUGAAGCAAAUGCCAUACUGGAUUCCAUAUUCGUCAAAGCAAAAGAGAAACAACAAAACAAUACUUUGUAAAGGCUGAUGAUGAUUUUCUCAGUUCUUUGAGAAGCACUUCCUAUUUUUUUCACCCAUUGAAGAAGCAAAGCUGGACUGACCCCCCUUUUUUUGCUGCAGCUAGUCAUGAGGAAGAGGAAGAUAAAGAUUUUAGCAACAUGAAUCCAGUGGUGAAGAGAAGAAGAGAAGUAGUACACAAGCAAUCCUACAUAGAUGUAUUUUUAACAAGAUUGUCAUUCACAUUCUAACCCAUUUACAUCUACCCAAUUCAUACACUCCACUCCCACCCGGCUCUAAAGUCUUACCCCUACCCCAUAUACGAAACCCCACACGAAACCCCCCUGACAAAUCAUUUCUUAGAAAUUCUCCAUGAUAUGGGAAGGUAGAGCUUUUCCUCACAAUCAAGAACAACCCCUCUCGCAUUCUCUCGUUCCUCAUGAAUAGAUUCAAGACCAAUUAAAAGCCACUGAGUUUAAAACAUCAUUAUGUAGAUUAUCGUCAACUCUUGGCUGGUCAAAGGUAAGGGGCCCUGGUUGUACUGUCAUAUCCAUGCUGGCCAUCUGGUGUAUGUAAAUGGUCUUGGAGAGCCUGCUUUCCUGCUGCUAGUGUGUGAACAGAGGACCAAAUGACAAGGGUUUUACUAUUCAUGAAACUUAAGUAAUACGUUAUUAACCUAAUAUGAACAUUACUUGGCUUCUCGUUCAUGAAACCUAUUCAGAAAAUUGCCUAGUUAAUUGUGGCAUCGUAGGCUACACAAGUGAGUAAUACUUUUUCGUUGGUGUUGGACAUUCAUGAAUAGAGAUCCGUGUAUUUACAGGAAAGUCGGUGAGAUGGGAGCAGAGGAGCUAAUUUGUCUCUCUGAUAAGACAGAAUAGUAUAUCCCUGUUUGACAUUUUGAAAAUGAUCCUCUUUUCUCUCCAGUCCAGUCCACACCCCAUAUCUGAGUUUGUCUGUCUGUCAAUCUGUCUGCACAACUGGCAAAUGGAAAGCAGUUCUACUGUUCCUUCCUGGUCUCCGUAACAACGGAGCUCUCAGUUCUUAAAAGCAUCCGAGUGUCAGUGAGCAGUGUGAUAUAGCUAUCUUAUAAUAACACAGUGUCAUGGUGGUUUGACGGUGGUGGACGUUGCAUGGUCUCAGAUAGACAGUGUUGUAUUGUGUACCCAAUAUACCCUGCAAAGUCCACCGACCCACUGAUCCAAUGGCUUUCCAAGACCAUAUGGCUAAAUUGGAUACCACAGCACGGUCCAAGGAUACGACAGGGAGGAUGUAUUUGGUUGGAGGGUGAACACGCUAGGUAAACUUACUAUAUCUGAUAUGAUACACAUGCACACACUCACGCACGCACACACACACACUUACACGCAUCAAAUCCACACAAAAGGACAUUUCACCUUCCCAAAAACUACCCCUCAGCCCCAUCACACCCAUGCAAUCUAUUGCCCAAAUGCCCACUUACCCCCACAACAACAUGUCCUAAUCUAUGUUGUAUCUACUACCACAGGGACAAGGUUGUUGUCAUACAAACUGCCUCAGUGCCCAACAUACCCACCCAGGAAAGACUGUCUAUACCCAUGUUCUCCAUCUUCACUUAGACUAUACAAACGGUUGUCUGGUGAAUUGGAGGUUUGUCUGUGUUGUCUAGUAUAUUUAUAUAUAUUUGACCUACAGAUAUGUGCACAGUAUUUCAGAGGGAUGUGGGAUUCAGUAGGUAUAUUCUGUCUUGGUACUUAUUUGAUUAUUUGUAAAGGUAUGUUGGGUUGUGUGUUUGAGGGAAAGCUCGAAGGGCAACGUUUGGUAGAGAUCCAAAGAGAUUGGAUUGGUUCUAGACUGCUUCAAAAUUAAUUUGUCUACCAUCAGAUAAUUCAGAUUGAUCAAAAGACUCUAUAGCAGAUAGUCCAAACACUCCGAUUUAUCCUUGCACUCAGAGAUGUUCUCUAGAGAAGUACAAGUCAUCCACUGUUCUGAAACAUUCUAAACAAACUCUCUGCCCUCCCUUGUCCCCAAGAGCACACAAACACAGCAAAGAGAAUGAAUGGUUUUUAACCAACAGCUUUGGAAAUAGAUAUGGUCUAUCUUUUAGGGUUUCCUAAAGCACUGUGUAUGUGACAGACAUGCACUUUACAUGUGAAAGCUACUGUAUGGAUAUGUACUAAACCAAGAGGAGGGUACUUCAUACUCUAACCAUCCCUGAUAGCGCUGGUUUGAUUCUUUUUUUUUAUAUAUACAAUGAGGUUACUGUUACUGUGCUACCACCGAGUCGGAUCUCGGUCUAAUGAUUGUAAAGUAAGCAUUUUGUUCAGCCGAUUCAUUCGCCCUCUGCCGCAGUGAUUCUGUUGGGGAGGGCAGCAGGGCAGCGAAUGAAACGGGGGUCUGUUCAAAAUGAUUGAUGGAGUGUUGGGAAUGGAAUGGAAAGAUGAACGGAACACUCGAUAGUGUUCUAAUGUGUUCUGUCUCGCUGUCAUCGUCGUCAACGAGUGAUGUUAAUCAGCCAUGGUUACAAUCGCCACGGUUACGCGACUCAGAGCAAAGAUAAGAUCUCCGUUGUGAAUGAAUUCUUUCUCGUUAUGAAUCUGAUUGGAUGCUUAAUUGGUUGAUUAAACAUAAUAAUCAUACAUACUCAUUAUUGAUCACAUUUGAUGUACAAACAGUGCUUUGAUUUACAAUUCUGGUGACUGUCGAUGGCUGGUUAUCAUCUUGCUAUGGGUUUGUGUUCUCCAAUUGUACAAAUUGUUAAUUUUGUCUGAGAUUCUUUCGUUUUUUACAAUUAUUUGAUCUUGUACUAAUUAUUUCCUCUUAUCUACCCUGUAUUUUUCCACCAUCCCAUUUUUUUUUCAUUUUAAUUCCUCACCCAUGUUCACCUUGUUCUUAAAACCGCUCAACAUUUAAUCUCUUUAAAUCUAGAUUUGGUAUUUUUGAACGCAGAGACGGUUAUUAUUGAAAGCCUGAGCUGUCAUGAAUUAGACAGAGCAGAGACAUGUUACAGUUGUUAGCAUUUUGUCUGACAGGGAGCAUGAAAGGUGCCAUGGGAUGUGUUUCAAACACAGGGAAGAUUGUAUUGUCUCGAACUUUUAGUGGUAACAUUGCUUGGUCCCAGAUCUGUAUGCGUUUCAACCAUCCCCUCUGUCUUUGAUAGUCAGAGAACGUUGAUUAAAACACAUACUGAUCUGGGACCAGUCAUGUGGCUAGUGGUAGCUAUGCUUGGUGGUGGAGAAGGAGAGAGUAAAACGAACCCCUCAUCCUUCAUUUAGGAAAUGGCUUUUCACUUCUUUUUUGGGGGGCCUGGUCGCAAAGACAGACGAGGGAGGGAGAGAUGGAGGGAGGUCAUAGAGGAUAUGGGGUUGAGGGAAGGAGAGGUCAGGGAGAGGUCAGGGAGAGCAGGAGAGUAGGAGGGGAAGGAGGGAUGGUGUGGGGGUUGUGGAAGAGGAGAUUAGAGUAGAGUAACAGGAGUCGCUCUCUCUCUCUAUUAUUGCAUUACCACUUUGGUAAUUAAAGGUCAUAAGAGGUUGGAAAAACCAGGGGAGGACGGUUACAGUAGGAACUGUAGACUACUGUACCCCAGGCACCCUGAAAACAUUCUGUGAAGCUUUGUAGCCACACUAAGACGCUUUAUAACCACUCUAUGAAGUUCCAUACUGUAGAGUCUCAGCUUUUACCCUCAGGCAAAAACAUGGGGGGAGACAGAGAUAGCAACAGAGAGGAAGAGGUGAAUGACAACCGAGGACGAGGCCGGUCAAACUAUUUAUACAUACUACCAUUGAUAUGUAUCCACACUAUGUGUCCUUGUAGACACUACAACAGGGCUCUCCAACCCGGUUCCUGAAGAGCUAUCCUCAUGUAGGUUUUCGCUCCAACCCCAGUUGUAACUAACUUGAUUCGGCUUAUCAACCAGUGAUUAGAAUCAGGUGCGCUAUUUUAGGGUUGGAGUGAAAACCCACAGGACGGUAGCUCUCCAGGAACAGGUCUACAGCCUGUGUCUCAUUGGCUGUGUUGUGAGUGAUAGAUUGUCUUUUCUGGUCACCAGUUAUUUUGACUGGGUUACAUUUUUCACACAACCAGUGUUGUCUUUACAUCUGCUAUCCAGGGUAACUAGAGAACCAGGAAGUCAAGUGAGCGCUCUAUGCUGUUCUGUAUGCAGAGGCUGUGUCCGGAAGGACACUCUAUUCCCUACAUAGUGCACUACUUUUGACCAGAGCCCUUAUCAAAAGUAGUGCACUAUAUAGGGCAAGGAUGGGCAACUGGCGGCCCAUGGGCCGCCCCCUUUUGAUGGCCCUCGGAUCAAUUCAGUUGGGAUCUCAACUUACUGUUGCAAGUUAGAAUAGUAGAAUACACAAGGUUCUCUGCUCUGCUGGCCAGUAUUUAUCUCCGCUCAUACACAAGUCAUAAAGGGCUAGUGUACUAAUUUGAUCGAGAAAAUGUAUUUUAAUAUUUUAAUAUAUAAAAAUAAAAAUGUGAUUUAUCAUGGGGUGUUGAAGUACCCUUAGCACCCCUACUCCACGCGGCUAUGCAAACAUUUCUCUCCAUCCUAUAGCAAAAUGUGUAGAAUUGCAGGAAAUGAGUUAUAAAAUUGGUAAAUCUCUCUGCCCCAUAGGAAAAUGUGGAGAAUUGCAGGAAAUCAGUUAUAAAAUUGGUAAAUCUCUCUGCCCCAUGGGAAAAUGUGGAGAAUUGUAGAAAACUUGCUUUAAAACUGCUCCAUUUUCUCUACACCCCAUGGCAAAAUGUGUAAAAUUGCACAGAAGUACCACUAAAGAUUCUAAAAUGUUCUCUCAGCUGUCAAGAGGGGGGCUGUUAAAAUAAUUUGCUGCCAAUGUGGUGGGGGGUAUGCACAUAUGGGUACGCAGACCCGCGAGGAACUGUGGUCCCUCAUGAUGAGUUCAGAUUUUUUGUGUCCCCACCCCAUCAAAGUUGCCCAUCCCUGAUAUAGGGAAUAGGGCUCUGGUCUACAGUAGUGCACUAUAUAGGGAAUAGGGUGACGGUUCAGACACACGGUCAGGGUUUCCUUUCAAAACUAAAAUAAAUUUCACCCCUAUGGGGAGGUGAGAACCAGCAAGGUUUGUAUUUAUAUAUAUAUAUAUAGACUAACUCCAUAUGAGAUGGAGUUGAAGGCCCAUCGCCUGCUGAUGGCAGGAUAAAUGAUACUGUAAGGGGCCCUAAACACACACAUACAAACAUAUACACACACACACACACACACACUUUACAUGCGUCGACGUGAACACAGGCAGGAGUGUCUAUUCCUCUCCUAAACUGCUUACUGCUUACCCAGCGACACUGAAGAGGCUACGCGACAGUUAGCUAGAGUUUCAACCAGACUUUCUCCCCGUGUGUGUGCGUGCGUGCAUGCCUGCGUGUGUGCGUAAUGUGUCGAUGUGUCACAGUGUCUGGUUGCACGGGGAGAGAGACAGAGACCCUUUUCAGUCAAAUAGGGCAAUGGUCUCCUUACCAAACCACCUGAUCCGCUACUGUCUCAGCGGGUUGUGAAUGGAAAGACUCCUCCUCCGUCCUAAUUGGCACCCUAUUUCCUCUGCAGUACACUACUUUUGACCAGGGCCCAUAGGGCUCUGAUCAAAAGUAGUGCACUAUGUAGGGAAUAGGGUUCCAUUUGGGAUAAUGACUCUGUAAAGAGAGAACAGGAGAAGGGGAAGAAGAGGAGAAGGGGGGAGAGGUUAGAAAAGAGAGAUGUGUAGGGGUUUUCGGGACGCUUAUCUCGAGUUAUCUGGAGUUUGGAAGGGGAGAACGGGGGGAGAGGUUAGGAAGAGAGAGAGUUUUUCAGAUGCUUGUCGUGGGUUUUGGAGAGAGGCAGACGGAUACCUACUAUCUACUUUUAUGGCUGUUGGAAGCUGCUGCUGGUGGAUGUGGUUUUGGCUCAAUGCGUGAAGCUCUGGAUGUUGGAAUGGACUCUGUCUAGAGGUUAUAAUGACAGGAUAAUGGUCAUUAAUGGGUAAAUUAUAGCUAGGCUUGGAAUGGAUUCAGACAGUGCUGCCAUUGAUAUCGAGUAGCCAAGAAUAGCGUAGUUGUACACAGACAUGCACAUGUAAUACACACAUGUAACAUAUGUAAUACGCACACAAGCACAUGUAACACACACAUGUAACAUGUCAAAUUGAUCAUAAUCCCAUUUUUCUAUCUUUUCUAAAUGAAUGAAAGCACCUACCCAUAAUGCAUGUUUGAUCAUCGCCCUGUCCUGGGAAAGUGGUUAUACAUUGUUUUGUUUUCCUUUGUUUUUUGUUUUUUCAUCCCUCCUUCUUCACGUUUAUUUCUCUUUCUCUGAACCCUAAAAGAGUCUUAAAUCUCCUUAUUCAACUAAAAGUUCAUUUAAGACAAAUCUUAAUCUAAGUCAAAGACAGAAAUGCAGGGCAAGUUUGUGUCAAAAUGUUGUCCAAACCUGUGAAAAGUAAUUAAGAAGAGAAGCACAAAUGAAAGCUUAAUGUCUGCAAAUUAUAAAUUAAACUAAAACGGCCAUUAAAACAAAACACUUUCAACUGAAACCACAAGCAGAACUAAGAGGUUUCAAGUCUUUUCCUCUUCGUUUCCUUUCCGAGGGGGAGAUAAAAGAAAAUGAUAUAAUGUGACUACUUGACCAUACUGCCCCAUGCCAAUGUCUCUUCGAACUGUGAACAACUACUGUAUUGUCGCUUUUGUGCAUUUAUAUGUUAUGACUGUUGAUGAAAAAUACUGUAAGGAACAUGGGAGUGGAAGAAACCCUAGGAAUAGAAACAUGGCGGCCGUUACCAUUGAUUUGAAUGGGGAUGGCCAUUCUAGGUAUUCUAUCUCUAUGGGUGAAACGCAACUGGACCCUCUACCCUAUCUAUCUGUGACCAUGCAUAUAGCCUCUGUGUUGUGAUAACUAAUCGUACUAACUGUGCUAUGUGCAUGCUAUCCAACCCAAAGUAGCACUGACUGUCCUGCAUAUGACAUACAGUAUGUACCCUUGUUGCAUACUUUCAUGUGUACAUUGUAAAUAGCCUAAACAUCUAUCUGAAAGGAAGUCUGAAUAUGGACUUUUAGAAGAAGACAAGACACAUCAUAUUGUAAUUUUGUAUGUUUGAACAGUUUAAAAUAGGUUUUAGAUGCUAUAUGCACUUUAAGGUAAAAACAAACACAAAGAGUUUCCGGUUGCGUAUCCAUACCCAAGUUCUGGAAAAAUGUUAAGUGGGAUUGAUUUUUCUGUAACACCAGAUGUGGUCAUUCAGUGGGGUUUCAUUCAAUUCACUUCAAAGGUCUCAGAGCUUCCUGAUCAAAUGGUCCACCACCACAUUCAUUCCUCAGGUAAUCUUGAGUGAAUACUCUUACUUACUCCCUUUCCUUCUUUCUUUCUUAUUUACAUCCAACGUUGUAAAGCAAAGAAACAGCAUACUAUGAUAUUAUUCUCCCUAUUAAGUGGAAUAAUCCACCCGAAUACUGGGGUGUUCUGGGUCCAAAUUUCAGGUAAACUCAAACCAAAGUCUUCUCAGAUGGUCUCCAAGGCAACACAACACAGCCCCCAUCUGUCAAACUAUACUAUUGUUAUAACGUCACAAUCAGAAUUGAUUAUCUAUCAUAUUAAGGUCGAAACACAGCCUCUCUGUAUGACCUACUGUAAAAAUCGAAAGAAAAAAAAUCGCUGUCAAUGUACAUGUACAGAAAUUGAAUGAUGGCAAUUACUGCUGUGCCUGAAAGUGACUUAACAAUCUCCUUUAUUAGAAAUAAUAAGAGAUAUUUGGAGAUUUCAAGAUUAGAUAUAUCUGGAGACGCCUUUAAAGUUAGCAAAUAGACAGCUUUGGUCAAGCCAUGGCCAUUACUGUUCAUGAUUGUUUUUAUUUUUCAACAUCAAAAUAUAAAAAGCGGCAAAAUAUUCCCGCGUACCUUGCCAAACUUUCCCUAUAGGGGUCCAACUAAAUGACCAAUGUCUGAAUGAACAUACAAAUACAUAUGUUAUAUAGACUUGGGUUAGAUGAAAGUGCCAAGACCUUAACCCCUGCUCGGAACCACCAAGGUCAUAAGGUCAAAGGUCAUAGAGCAAAGGUUAAGGUGCUGGAGUUUUCAUUUAGCCCUUUUUUCCUUGAUAUGGCUGCAGCUGUCGAGUUUCACCUAGAGUCUCACGAUUAUAUACGGACGCACAGUAUAGUGUGGAAUAUAUUGUGCGUUGAAGCCUAUAUGCCACUGACUCAACAGUUAUAACAGGUUAUAACCUGCAAUCAGGUUAUACUGAUCAAUUCAUGCUAGGAUUACAGGAUCCUGAGUGAUAAAAGUCAGGAUAUACUGUAUAUUUAUUAGUCUAAUAACUUUACAGUUUUAAGUCAUUUUAGUGAGACUUCUUAUUGGAUUUACAGCUGUGUGUCUGCCGAGAGGUACAUACAAUAAUCAAGACAAGUUGGUUAUUUGAAAAAAAUGUAUUCCUUUCUUUUCUCUUUUUUUUCUCUUAUUAAUAGUUUUUUUAUACCCAACUUUCCCUGCUUAUUCUCAAGCGGUGAUUUGGAGAGAAAAACGGAUUGAAAAAAAACGAUUUCGUUUUUUAAUUUAUUAUUAUUAUUAUUGAUUAUUAUUAUUCCGUUUUCAGAAGAGAAAACCAUUUGUGAGACUGACAGAUGCAAAACUAUUUUAAAUACAAUAAUUAAAAAAAAAAACUUUACAAUCUACGAGAGGUCUAUUGAACGUGUUGUUUUUCUCCACCUCGAAUGCAAACUGUGUGAAUGUUGGGGAGUGACGAUGGGUUUGCCACAGAAACUUGGCUAGGUUUACACUGAGCAAAAUGACUAAGUUCAAACAUACAACACAAUACUUGAGAAACCUCUUAGGACAAUACUUAAGAUACUACUUAAGAUGUGCAUUUUGACUUUGUCUAUGGCAGUAUUUUUCUGUAUUGACCAAGUGAUUGAUUCUUUUAACAUGUUAUUUUUUACUAAGGAGGGAAGCUAGCAUUAUUUGGGGGGAGAGUAUAUGCUUAGAUAUGGGACACAGAGGUAGAAGUUAAAGUUGAAUGACUUUACACACACACACACACUCACAAAAUGAUUUUUCGGUGUAAACCUAGCCAUAUACUUACAUGUAAUACUUUAUUUUUUAUUUUUUACGCUGUAUAAUCUUCAAGUGAUGGCUACAAAAGGGGAAGUAGUAUUGACUGGUAACAUUUCUUUCCUUUUUUAAUUUUGCUUGCGUUUCUAUAAUAUUGUUGUAGUAGUAGUAAUCUGUAAAGAAAAUUGUGCAUUUCAACAUACCUCCCUUUCUCUCCAUUGUUAGGACAGGUAGUUUAACCAAGGACGUUUUAACAUCUACAAACAUAUAAACCUUAUUACAUGUAUUAUGCAACAGUAGAUAUUGUGACAUUGUUAAAGACAGAACAGCAGCAAAACACAGAAACUUUGUGUAACUGUAGAAACAUUGUGAAGCCAUUCUAACAUUGUGAUGAUAAUAGCAAACUGAAGUUCAGGCUGCUUAUGUGUGUAGUAGUAUUUGAGUAAUAUUUGAGUAGUAUUUAAGUAGUAUUUGAGUAGUAUAUCUGUAGUGGUAUUUUUUUUCUUAUAGGAUAAACGAACAAUGCAAGACUAACAGGGAAGAGAUGCAAAAUGUUAGAAAAUGAAACACGGCACUACAGACUCUGACGUUUUCAGAAGUUCUUUGUUGAUUGUUUCUUUAUGUUGUUUUUUUUGUUCCUUCGUUUUUUUUUUCUCUCAACUUUCUCUGUUUUGAUAUUUGCCUUUGUUAGGUGUUGUUAGGUAAAAAGAAAAGAAACACACAAAAAAAGAGAAAACAAGUGCAUGCCAGAAUGUUAGGCUCUUUCUAUAUAUUAAAAGAGCUCACUUUUUGUGUUAGACUUACAGAAAUUUACAAGGACAAAAAAAAGAAAACAAAACAAGAAAAAUAAAGGUGGGGUGGUGA